AUGCAAGCCGUAGCAAUACUGAUCACCGCCGCGUGCGCCGCUGUUUCUGCACAAAUUGCGUGGACGCCAAUCUUCCUUGAUGGAAGUAGUCAGGUUGAUUUAUGGACGCAGUCGUCAUCUGGCUGCGCCUGUCCAAGCGGGGAAGGGCAGGACUGUGCGUGCUGCGUCCGUGAUGGAGCUUGUCCGUGUGAGGACAUUGCACCUACACGCUGUGCACAAUGCGGGCUAGAAAAAUAUUGUUCAAAUAUGUGCAACAUUACUAUCGACUCGCGCGUGCUUAAGAAUAAAUCUGGCAAAACUUUUGGUCAAAUCAAGUCUCCAUCUUUUGAGGGGCCUGGAACCUGCUCAUACAUUUUACAACCAGACGCUGGACAACGAGUGGAAAUACAACUCUACAGGCUGGUGUCAGUUGGAAGAUUUAAUGGAACAAGCUGUGUAGGUGGGUGGUUGCAAUUGAGCGACGCGGGCGCAGUACCUGGUGCCAGUCGAGCUGCGGAGACGAGAUUGUGUGGCGCGAACGAACGAUAUACACCCCCUGUCGUGCUUUUUGCUGAUCAUGGAGCUUCCGUGCUUGAUUUUAGGAUAACGGAGAAAACCGUAAGGUCUCAGUUUCUCGCCUUCUUCAGCUUCACAUCUUUAAGUAAUACACAAGGCGUGGGUUUUCACCCAAGAGGAGGAUCAAGAAUUCCACAAACCGACUGUGACUGGCUUUACCAAGAUGUAUCUUGUCGUGGAGCUGGUUCUUGUGUGUUGGCGAGUCCUGGUUACCCUGGCCUGUAUCCACCACAUCGCCGCUGUCGGUACCUCUUCGCUACCAACUCUGUUCAUACACGUGUCAAAAUUAUCUUCACAUCCAUAUUAUUACCUAAAGACAAUUGCACCACGGACUAUUUAACUUUGCGGGCUGGCAGCUCGCCCUCCGCUCCGGUGCUUGCAACGCUGUGUUCUGAGAGAAGCGCCACAUUGGAACAUCCCGGCCCAAAUCUAUUGUUAGAAUUCAAUUCUGGACCACUCGUACCGCCAUACGACUAUAAUGGUUUUAUAGCAAAAUUGGAAUUUUUGGAGAAAAUUGACACAAGUGGUCCACCGCCAACAAUGGCUGCAUCCCCACCUCUUGCUGCCCUAACGCACUUCACACAUGACAAGAAACUUUCUUUGCAUUUGCCAGGUGAUAGGACUUCAGGAACAGACGGCGACGCUGUAUCCAAUGAGAUAUUAAAUAAUAACGGUGGGCAUAUUGGUUGCGGGGCGACUGUACGUGGCUAUGGUGUCGGUGGGAUCCGCUCAGGGCACUUUGACACGAGAGCUACGGCGUGGCGAUCGCAGUGUGCUAUACAUUUGCUUGGAACACCUACAGAUGUGGUCCAAGUGUCCCUUUUUAAUUAUAAUUUAAGAUUACAAAGUUGUAGAUCUCAUAUUGAGAUUUUAGAAGGACUUCAUGAGUUCGGUGGGAGGGGUGAAAGGGGAGACCGAUUCGAGAGGGGCGACAAAGCUCUUUUACGAGUUUGUGGCCAAACAGUAAGGGAAGCACGAGACCCCGCUGGAAGAUUUCUAGUUAGGCAAGCAGUUACUUCUAAGGGUUCUAAUUUAACUAUAUUGGUAAGAAGAGCGACGUCACAAAGCGUAGACGAAGAAGAAUUCGUGGAUGGAGCAUUUGUAUUUCAUGAUGAGCAACAUGAAGGUACAGUGUCUCCGGAUGCAACUUGUGCAUCAACUCAUUAUGGGCUAGCUGCGCCUUCUCAUGGUGGAGUGUCCGCACCCUCAAACCAUCAUAUAUUUUGGAACAUCGAAGAACGACUUAUGUGCACACAUCGUUUCAUCCCCGCGUCUAACCAAAGCGUCACUAUUGAAAUUCAACGCUUAGAACGCAUGUGGAGUGCAGAGCCAACAGGUAGCGUCGCCACCGGUCGAGGAGGAUGUCGUACUGCUUGCGGUGAUGCGGGCUGCGAGUGUCGGUCCGCUACGCCCCUACAUUUUCACGACCAUAUAGCUCUUGUGGCGGGAGACGGAACACACUUGUCUUGUUUAUGUGGUGAUUUUCAGGCUGCUUGGUUACCAGUAGUAGUGCGAAGUUGGACGAGUCUGAGAUUAGAGUACUCAGUGGCACACUAUACAUAUGCCAGUCGAGGGUUUGAUUAUGCGGCCGCAUAUAGUUUUAACGACGACGCUAUGUGUGGCCAACGCACGUACACGACGCACUCUGGGGAAAUAUCAUCCAGAAAUGUCUCCGUCACCGGCAGUUUAAAUGAGUUUUUCUAUCAACAAUGUACUUGGGUGUUGGAUUCCAACGUGGAAAGGCAGCUAUACAUAGACAUCACGUCUGAACAGGAUAAGUCGUGCAGCUCUUGGAAUAUUACACUUCACGAAUGGUCGGGCAUGAGCGCUCAGAGCGACAGCCUGGCGGCGUCCGCUGGCGAUUUACUUUACACCUUUUGCGCCAGACAUAAGAAUCACACCUUUAUUCUACCUUGGCGACUCAACACCGUUGUUAUUAGGUUAGUAGCACUGUCCCGCCAGCAACCUAUCUACACCAUACGCUGGCGGUCGCAAGUGGUGCGCGCCAACCGCCUGGCGCCGCCCACGCCCGCGCCCGCCGCCUCACACGCGCACCACCCCUCUUAUCACUUUAUUACUUCACUUAUUUUAAGUGUCCUUUCAAGACUUUGUGUGGUG